AAGAUGAUUACCAUGAUAUAUCCAAUUAUUAUAACAAUUCUGUACGCUCAGAUGAUAAUAAUUAUAUGGCCACUCAAUCAUGCAACUCAGUGGAUGAAGACGAAUCAGAUAACAAUGGAACAGAUGAUGAAUUGCAUUUGGAAUUGGUAGUUGGGUUUGACUAUAAAAUUAGGACGAGUGAAGCAGAUGAUAAAGGCAUAAUUCGAAGGGCAACCUAUGUGUGUACCAAAGCCGGCACUUAUAGUCCAAACGUGACAGUUGAUCCUACUAAGCGUCGUAAUGCUAAGUCUCAAAGGACUAAAUGUUCUUGGAAAUUAUGUGUUACAUAUCUGAAGACAAUAGCAAGA